AUUUCCGAAUCUCGCACAGCCAAAUUCGGUACUAAACUACUACUCUCUCUCUCUCUCUCUCUCUCUCUCUCUCUCUAAAGAUCAUACACACAAGAACUGUUUACAGAAAAUGGUGUAUUAUAUAGUGGAGAAUAUUGUUCUUCAGUUAUGAAAUCUUGAAGUAGUUGGGAAAUUUGCGUUGAAAUUUUUACUAGUGUCUGCCGAAAAAGGGUUGUUUGAAACGAUGGCAACCAAAACACUAGCUGAGGAUGAUGCUUCUCUCUCAUCCGAACCACCUAAAUCUCAAACCCUAAUGCCCGGUUCAAGGUCCGAACAUCAAGAUUCAACUGUUGGAGCUCAAGAAAAUGGGGUAAGGGUUUGUGCUACCGACAACGAUCGUCUUGUACUUGUUUCAAAUCAAGUUGCUGAGACCGAAAUUUUGGGGGUGACGAAUUUUGGGAACCCAAAUAAUAGAGGUGUUUGGGGUGGGUUUGCUGAAGUAGGAGGGGGUUUAUCUUCCUCAGAAAAUGGAAAACAAGAUGGGGCUGUUGACCAUGGUGGUGGAAAUGAGACUGUAAAAGAUUUGGACUCUGUUUUUGGAGUUGAGAAUAAUGGGGAAAAUGGCGGUGAGAAGAUUGGUUCUGGAGUUAAUUCAACUGUGUUGAUUGAGGAUGGGUCGUCUCGUAAGGAGGGGCUGUUUGAUGAGAAUGGUAUUUCACUUGUUGUUGAAGUUCAUGGUUGUUUGGAUGUGAGUGAGGAGAAGAAAGAUGGUCAUGAAGUCCAGAAAGUUUCUUUGGCUGAAUAUGGGGGAAAGAAAGAAAUGGGAAAAAAUGGUACUGCAGAAGAGAAUGGGGAGGAUAUAGAAGCUGUUGGUGAGGAUAACAGGGAUGUGGAUGGUCCAGAAUAUGAGUAUUCUGUUGGUGACUUUGUGUGGGGUAAGAUUAGGAGUCAUCCUUGGUGGCCAGGACAGGUAUAUGAUGUUUCAGAUGCAUCUGAGCAAGCAAUAACGAUGUAUAAGGAGAGGGACCGCUUCCUCGUGGCAUACUUCGGUGACGGCUCUUUUUCUUGGUGUUCUCCAUCUCAAUUGCAACAUUUUGUGGAGAAUUUUGAAGAAAAGUCAAAGCAAAGUAGUGCUAAGAGCUUUGUUAAUGCUGUACAGAAUGCUCUGGGUGAGAUUGGUAGACUUGUUGAGUUGCAGAUGACUUGCCUUUGUAUACCUGAAGAUAAUCGGAUUGGGCUCGCUAGACCUUUGGCAAUGAAUGCUGGAAUUAAGGAAGGUGUCCUUGUGCCUGAAGGAGGGAUUCGAGAACUUGCAAUUACUCAGCAAGAAUCGACAGAAAUACUUGCAACUUUGAGAGAGAUUGCGCGGGUGGUUUCUAUUAGCAGUAUGCUUGAGCUCACUGUGUUGAAGAGUUGGCUGUCAGCUUUCUGUCGUGCAAAAGGGGGCUAUCAAUUAGCUAUGUUCCGGGAACCGCAGCAAAUUGAAGGCCUAGAAGACAAGAAGAGAAGCGGGUUAGUGGACAUAACUGAUGUCAUUGAUCAGGUGGAGGUCCCAAUCGAAGGUUCAUAUGAAGAAGACUGGCUUUCUUCACCAGUGGCAGUAGGUGUUGGAUUUGACACAACCACUCGAUCACAGUUGCAGAAGUGCCCAGUGAUCUCUCCGGACAAGCUGUAUCAAAGAAGGAAACAGAAAAGUGUGGCUGAACUUAUGGGAGAGGACAUGGAUGUUGAGCCCCCCCAAAGUCCAAAUGGGGGUACAGUCGAAGUAACACUUUCUGGCAAAUUGGCAUCCACGUCUGGGAAGAAAAAGAUGAAGAGCAUUGAUAAAGCUGACAGUCAGGGUGCUAGUGAUUUGGUUUCUCCAUCAACUAGGAAGAGAGGGAGGAGGAAGAAGGAUGAGAUUUUAGGAUCUCCUUCAUCCGCUGAGAACAAGGCUAUGAGUGUUGACAAUGGUUACAAAGAGGGAAAAGUAGAAACUAACAAGGGCACUGCAUCAAGGGAAGGGAAGAAGAAGAAGAAUAACAGUUUUUCUAGCAUUGAAGAUGAUGUUAGUAAGGCCAACGAAGGUAACAGAAAGGUCUCUACGUCAAGGGAAAGGAAGAAGAGCAAAUACUUGUCUCCUCCCUUCACAAGUCCAAAAUGGAAGGGGAAAGAUUCAAGUCCUAAGUACAUGGAAACAGAUUUUGUGAAAGUUGCCAAGGUUGCUCGGAUGGGGGAACGAAUGACCAGAGCUGCCGGCCUGCUUAUUGGUUCACCUCCAAUUGUGAAGUGUAGUGGUGAAACGUUUAAGAAGAAGCACUCUAAACAACAUGAUACUGGAGAUAAGGCAUCUGCUAUCUCAAGUCUUCAGACACCAAAAGAAGAUCAGAAGAUUAUUGACCCCGUGAAAAUCCAUGCAUCUGCAAAUGAAGUGCUUAAUGAAGUCAGGUUGGCAGCUCUUAAUCCUUUAUAUCUGAGGGAGAACAAAACUCUUGAUACGGUCAGGGGAUUUGUCUCCGUGUUCAGAAGUUCAAUCUAUUUAACCGGCUCUAAUUACAAAAUGUACCACAAACGUAAACCUGGUAGGAAGAGGAAGUCUUUGAACUCUGACCCAGUGUCCCUAGGCAAGGACCUGUAUCAAACUGACCUUGAGUCGCCAGAAUAUAAAUUGCGGGCAAAAAAAGAGAAGAGUGGACAUGCAAAGUCGAAUAUGCCAAAACUUCAGUCUUCUGCUAGUGGUAAUGCAUCUUCACCUGUAGCCCUUAUUGUGACGUUUCCCCCUGAGUUCUCUUUGCCAACUAAGCAUGAUCUUAUUACAAUAUUCAGCAAGUUUGGGGCUAUAAAUGAGGUGGAAACAGAUGUGUUAUUCAAUUCUUACAGUGCUCGGGUUGUCUUUCUAAGGAGUUCUGAUGCGGAACAAGCCUUCAGCGUAUCAGUAGGCAAUAGCCCCUUCAGCGCAUCCAAUGUUAAUUACCAGCUCCAAUAUUCUUCAUCUGCUUCCAAGACUCGCAAAGUUAAUGGGAAAGUUUCCGCUUCACCCAAGGAGGGAAGCAAGACCUUGAAGAAUCUUUCUUCUUCAAAUUCAUCAGUGGAUGAACUCCUCUUCAUAAGGCAGAAACUUGAGAUGAUGACAUCGAUGCUUGAAAAGUCCGAAAUGUCACCUGAAAUGAAAUCGGACUUGGAGGCUGAGAUGAAAGGACUCUUGGAAAAGAGCGUCCACCUCCGGGUGCUGAGGCGGCCAGCCUUGUGUUAUUGCAGGGUUGAUUUUCUUCUGCAGUUUUGCGGAAUAAGUGUUUUUAACUUUUGAGUUACCAUUGCAUUUGAAAUGCCAACUAAUUUCAAAUGAAAGUAAAUUUUUAGAAUGCAUGCAUUACAGCCGAGAUCCCAUAAGGGCUGCAAAUCGGAUAAGCUGAUUGCACUGUGUUGAGUGUGUCUCUGCUUUUGUCUCUUUACAAAUAGUGACAGAUGAGAAAGGUACGACACUUGUUUUAACGAUAGAGGGAAAAACCUAGUGGUGAGAUUGAGAAAGAUGGAUCGUGCUUGGGCUACAUAGGCUACAUAUUUAUUAUAUAUAUGUGUGUGUAUUAUAUAAUCUGGCAAUAAGAUCAAAUUGUGGCUAUAUAGUUGUGGUGGGGAUGGCUAACAGUAGUGACAAGUAGCCAUGUUGGGUGUUGGUGGUGAUGCUGACUUGUGGAUUGGGUGUGGGACAUGGUAAGAUGGGUUAGGCAGCAUUCACAUCACAUGGGAACGUAUUAUAUAUUGCUUAUACAACAAUAAUUUCUCUCUUUUUUUUAAUGUAUCAAUUGAAGCGCGUUGCACCAACAAUUUACUCGUAAGUAAGUCGUAUCAUAUCACGUAUGUAAGGACAAAUAAGCCCUUCACAAGCUAACGGGUAUUGUAAGCCAGCAUUCUCAGCCAAUACCAUCAUUCUUAUCACAUUGUUAAUUUGAGAAAAAGCUUCUGCAAACUACAUUAUGUUUUGAGUCUUUGGUUACUA